AUGUUGAGUCAACUCUCGGGGCUCGCUCGAGCCCUGCCCUUCGUUCUUCUUCUAUUCACAAUCACUGUAGCCUCUGAGCAUACGUCGAACUGGGCUGUCCUCGUCUCUACCUCUCGCUUCUGGUUCAACUAUCGUCACCUCGCCAAUGUCCUCUCCCUUUAUCGAACCGUCAAGCGGCUGGGUAUCCCGGACUCGCAGAUUAUCCUGAUGUUGCCCGAUGACAUGGCUUGCAACCCGCGCAAUGCUUUCCCCGGAACCGUCUACAGCAACGCCGACCGUGCAGUCGACCUGUACGGCGACAACAUCGAAGUCGACUACCGAGGUUACGAAGUCACCGUAGAGAACUUCAUCCGUCUCUUGACCGACCGCCUGGACGAAGACGUGCCCCGGAGUAAGCGGUUGGGGUCCGAUGCAGGAAGCAAUGUUCUGGUAUACAUGACCGGCCACGGAGGCGACCAGUUCCUGAAGUUCCAGGACUCCGAGGAAAUUGGGGCUUGGGAUCUGGCCGAUGCCUUUGGUCAGAUGUGGGAGAAGAAGCGAUAUCACGAGCUCCUGUUCAUGAUCGAUACCUGCCAGGCCAACACCAUGUACACGCACUUCUACUCGCCUAACAUCAUCGCCACCGGGUCGAGCGCACUCGACCAGUCCUCGUACUCGCAUCACGCCGACAGCGACGUCGGAGUAGCGGUUAUUGAUCGAUGGACAUACUACGUGUUGGAGUUCCUGGAGACGCAGGUGACAAGUGCGAACUCGAAACAGACCCUGGGCGAUCUCUUCGAUUCCUACGACGAGUCCAAAAUCCAUUCGCAGCCGGGAGUGCGGUGGGAUCUUUUCCCCGGUGGUGAGCAGGAGGGCCGUCUACGGACGGUCGUGGACUUCUUUGGGAAUGUCCAGAAUGUCGAGGUCGAGAAUGUUAAUGCUACAGAGCCGGGCUCGCUCAAGGAGGAUCUCAUUGAGAUCGCUCGGCUGGUGAACAGAUGGCGCACCCACGACCGGGACAUGUUCAUCCAACCCGUGGCCGGAUAUGGCGAUCUCGCGCGCGCUGGGGAGGAGCUGGUCAAGCCUAUGCGGACGACGAAUGGCGGGAGUGGAGGAGUCGUCAUCUGUCUCGGGGUGGGUGGUUUGGUGGAUCUGACUGAGAUCUUGUGUCUGAGCAGUCCGGAGGACGACAAUGACAAUGAUAACAAUGAUGACGGCGAGGGAGGAGGGCAACAGGACAUGGGUGGGGUGGAGGUCUGGGUGUUUGACGCGAGACGGCCGUGGAAUUUGUCGAAUGUGUUUGGUGGGGAGGCUGUCGCUGCUGCUGCUGCUGCUGGCGCUGGUGGUAUGGCAGACAUGACUGUCGGCAAUGGGAGGCGGAAACCGCGCGGGGUGGACCGAGGGUGUAUCACGCAGGGGUACACGUCGGGCAACGGGGGCAUUGUGGUUUACGACGAUGGGGACAUCGAAGAGGAGCUGGGAAAGGAGAGAGAGGCGUACUGUGAGUUGAUGGCUAUGCCGGAAGUGGAGGAGGAAGCGAGCGAUUACGACGACCUGGAUGCGGACGAUUUGGAAAGCGACGGUGAAGCCGACCCCCUUUCGAGCUCUGACUCGAAGAAGCGGAAAUCGUGGUCGCGUCAGGACGAUGAGGAUGAAUCAGACGAGAACGACGGCCCGCCUCGUCAACGCAGGAGAAGUGAUUCGGGUUCGUAUAUUAUUUCCUCUCCAAGUCGCCCCCGGAGGAUGGGGCAUGAUUCCUCCAACUCCUCACGCUCCGUUACGCCAACGUCAGACUCACCGUCCCCGCUACAUCCUAAACAGCCCUCGGAACGGACCUUGAGGCGUCGAUUGCUCCGCAUGAGAAGGAAAUACGAGGGCUUACUGCAACAAUACUAUAAUUCCGGCACGUCAUAUUCGGAGCCGAUAUCGUCCCUGGUCUAUUCACUUGCAUCCGAGCUUGGUCGAGAAGACAAUGAUCUACUGUGGCUGGCCAUUGUAGGUGUGUCAAGCUUGGAACUUAGCGGCCGCACGAUGUCGGGUGUGGGUGUUUCCAAUGCGCUGGAGUACGGUGGCUCAGCUGGUUGGGGCGGAGAACGGGGUGAACGAAUACGGCAAAUACUACGUGAUGAAGUCCAUCGAUUAAACCCUCCAGAUCCCCACGAGCGCGAUAUCAGAGGCGAGAUCAACGGCGUCAUCCCGACCACCGCCCGAUCACCGACGGACAAGUCAAUUCGGCUCUCCCCAGAACCUCGGUUUAUCCUAAUACGACACUGGUCGCUCUACGACAGCAUGCUCCAUAGCCCGUACCUGGCAUCCCGACUCCAUGUCUGGACGGAGAAUGGCCGGAAGCGAUUACACAAACUGCUCGCGAAAAUGGGCAUCAGUCUCAACCAAAGUCACCAAAACUAUACGCAUAUGGACAUGGAACUGAAGCGAGUAUUACGACAGCGUCUGCUCAAAUAUGCACCGAUGUACGGCCUCGAUGGGCUUGUUCCGCCCGAAGCGUCUGGCCAUGCUGCAUCUCGCGAGGGCUGGGGCUUUGUCCGCUGCUGGGGCUGGAAAGCUUGCCUUUCUGCCACCGACGUGGGCGUCAUCAUUGGUGCCAUUCUUGAGGUGGGCCCGGAGGCUCCUGGCGCUUGGGAUGCAAAACGGCUUGCAAAGCCUGCACUGGAGGCCGAUGCCGACGGAACCACCGAGUCUGACCUGUCUAGUCUUCUUCCACGGUUCUGGAGCGCUUACGACGCGCUGUCGCUGACAUCAGAGUCCCCGACGUUGCUGCUUGGCUCGCUUCCUCUCGCACAACAUCUCCACCGCGCCAUUCUUCGGACUGGCACAUCCUUAUUGGCCAAGCAUCAAAUCCGGCACCUGCGCGCGUUCCGCAUCGCCGUCGUCAAGGAAGGUCCAGAUCUCAAGCUGUUCACCAACCCUGGAGCGCUGACGAAGUUGGCUCUCUGGGUUGCAGAGGCCAUCCGCGUGCAGGAACGAGAACGGGCGGAUACCGUCAAGAUUGGCCGUCGACGAGCUGUUGGUACUCCGCUGGUUCUUGCGGGAUUGGAUGAGGAUCGAGGUCUUUAUGUGGUCGUGGGCACAGGAGGCGGGGGAGGCGUUGUCGAUUUUGCUGCUCUGACCAAACGUCGCGAGGAGCGACGACGGAAGAAGGAGGCCAAGGAGAAGAAGGCGAAAGAGCGAGAACAGCGUCGAGCCAAACGGGCGGCGGAGCGUGCAGCCAGAGAGGAUGACGAGGAGGACGAUGAUGAGGAAACGGAAGAGUCCUCCUCAGAAUCCGAGUCCGAGUCUGAGGACGAGCAGGAGCUGCGCGGCAAUAAGUACCUGCUGCGGAAUCGGUUCGGGAUCGCUUUCCAGGAAGUGGUUCAAGAGACCAGCGCCCGCGUUCGCAUCGACAGUUUCGAGCACUGCGUGGUUGAGGUCCAGAAGGAGGACUUAGGAGGCUUUCUCGAAGCUCUCAGCUUCCGCAGUGUUGUGGGCUAG